ACAGUAGUAGGGCUUGUUAUGGCCAAUAUCCACGGUGAAUGGAACCUUUUGAAACUCCAAAAAGGCGCACACGCCUCUCCCUCAUACAGCAAGAUUUUUCUGCAGCUGUUUGGCUGGCGUGAUGCCAAAAAUAAACUUAUUAAUCUGCAAAAUCAGCUGAAUCCUUAGUCCUCAUACACAACAGUACGGCUGUAUAGUGAAGAGGACGCCUUCAUCCGUACACGUCACAGCGCCGUCCUUCUCAAUGCAAGGCCGAAGCCGGAAGUAACUCAUUUUCAUGGCGCGGGAUUCAAAAAACGAAAUAAAUAUAGCGAUCGCUUCCACACACAUCCAAGCGGUCCAUAUCAUUCAGGAGCAUAAAAUACAACGUGUAUUAUGAAAUAAACAUGCUUUUUCGUGUCACAUGCACUUUAAGGAAUCUAACGUGUGUUUCUGGUAUGUGGGUAGAAACUACUAUUCCUGGAAACGUGCUAGGGGAUAUGACAACAUAUACAGUUUUUCGAAAAUGAUAGUCAUCAGAAAUUCCUUCUUUCAUCACGAUCGUCAAUAGAAUAGUACUGUAUAUUACAAUUAUACACUGUACACAACGCGGCCCUGCUGAUAUUUAUGUGAGGCCGUUUGAGAAAUAAAUUAUACUUGCUUUCUCACAUGUAACAUCAUAUGCUCACACAUGCAGAACUGUAUUCUUACACACACACUACUAUUCUCUCUCACUUAACUCAUUCACUCCCAGCCAUUUUCACCGGCGUAAGGCCCUUCGCUCCCGGCCGUUAUACUGGAUUUUGACUGAUGUUGCAAGGCCCACAGAAAAUUCUGUUCGAUUGCUAUAUAAACAUGGAACCCACCAAAAGAAAGAUUAGACUCUGUUCUAUUAGCAGAAAAAAAAGUUAGUUCAUAUAUUUUUCCAUUCUUUAGAAAUCAGCUUUAGAAAAUAGCUUAGUUUGAGCAAUUUCCCCAUUUCUAAUGAAAAAACAAAUUGAGCUUUUUGUAAAAGCAUACAUUUGAAACAUAACUUUGACUUUAACACACCUAUUUUUCGCUUUUGUGACAUCCCAAACAUCAGAAUAAUGUUUUCGUUCUACAAAAUAACAUAAACAACAAGACAGUUUUUGAUCGCAAAGUAACAAUUUAUUUACACAUAACUAAACUAUUGAACUGUUGAACUAUUUGCGCACAUAACAACGGGGAAGGCUCUCGGCUGCACCCGGUUGAAUGAGGUGGCUCCCAGUAAUCUGAUGAGUCCAGAUCAAGAUCGGUCUCACUUUUUUCAUCAUCUUCAUGUUCUUCAUCGUUGGUUUCAACCUCGGGCUCAGGAGUAACGCAACGUGAGCGCGGCAGAACGCGUGUGGAACCUGACGCUGUUGUGGCCGUCGCCGUCUGUCUCAUCAAGAUAAGAUUUUUUUUAAUCCUUCUUUGACGAUGGUUUCGUUUCCUUUUCAAAACACUCCUCCAGUGUUGUUUGCCUUUUUUUUCCCGAUCGUUCUCCACAUUUUUCUCAAAUUCUCACGCGUCUUCACAAGAUCCCUCCAACUUCCGUUUCCUGACUAUUUUUCUUCACUUCCUUUCUUGGCCCGAGAUGAGUUCUUACAAAAUGCGCUACUGCCUUCCAGUGGCCAGUUUUAUUGCUUUAAAAUGAGUUAUGAGCAUUGUGCAUUGCAGUUUAGCUGCAACAGAACCUUGAGAUGCCUCUUGUAAAAAAAAAAAAAAAAAACGUAAAAGACGUAUAAAUACGUUUUUGGGACACUGAAACGGUUGAAAAUAGAACGUAUUUAUACGUCUUGGGAGAAAAUGAGUUAAUAGUGUACUCUCUCACACACUACUAUUCUCUCAUACUUAGUAGUAUUACUCUCUCACACUCUACUAUUCUCUCUCACACAUAGUAGUAUACUCUCAUACAAACACUACGAUUCUCUCUCACAUUAGUUUGUUUCAGGGUUCCGGAGUGGCUAAGCUAGUGUGAGUCAAUGGUGGUUGGAAUCAACUACAUUGACUAAUUAAACCCCCGCUAAGACAAACAUUAAGCUUUAUGUGAAAAAUUCUGAUAGUACCCUUUAAAUUCAAUUAUCGGAAUUGGACCUGGUGCAACAGAACCUAGAGAUGUCUCUUGUUAAAAAAAAAAAAAAAAAAAAAAAAAAAAACGUAAAAGACGUAUUUAUACAUUUUUGGGAGCAAAUGAGUUAAGAAUUACAGCCCCAAAAAUAUAAAUGUGUCUACGAAAAAGUAGGUAAAUAGGUGUAAAAAUCAUGAUUUCCUUUGAAGUCGGUGCUUCUUGAUUUGAAUAUCCACAAGCCACUUGAGCCUUGCCAACAGUGGUCUUUAAUUUUUGGGCUGAAAAGGAGCGCUUUGCACUCCGACAUUGCAUUCAACCAGAUAGGGGCCUGGUUGGUGCCUCUUUCUCCUGAUUGGUUGGAACAUCAGAUGACUGGUGAAAUUGUUGGACAGUUGAAGUUGGCAAGACGGUACUGUAUGAUGAAUCCAUGAAUCAGGUACUACAGUCUUGCUUACGAGGCUACAGAACUACCGGAAACUCUGCAAACUUAGAAGUGAAGCAGAGGGAGGUUUGAACCCACUGUGAAGUGGACCUGCUUACCACUACUCCAUCAUGUUACCCCAUUUUUUACUUAAAACUCCCCCAAAUAUGCAUUACAUUGGAUUUUCUUGAUUUCCGAGCAUUCAUUAUAAAGAGAGAAAGUUUUUUGAUGUAGGAUGUUCACUGUAUAAGCGAGAGAAGGUAAAAAUGAGAGAGUAAGGAUUAAAGAGAUUGAGGGAUAUAUCUUUGAGAUGGCCUUCCAAUGGAGCCUGUGGUUUUUUUUUUUUUCAUCUAUUUGUCAACAGGAAGAGUCUGUCAUGGUUCUGUGGAUGGACCUCCUGCAUUCAAUGUCAUUAUUUCACUCUUUGGCUUUCAAGUGGCUGAGCCUAGCUUUCUUACAGCAGAAAUCAUUGUGUGGUCAAUGCCUACUAAGCAUGACAUCCCGUUGGGAGCUGUGCUCAUUCAGUCUCCUAUUGAUCCAGUCCUCCAGCUCGUCCCAGGAACGUCUGCACCAGCUACCCUUCCAGCCCACCAUGGAUGAACUCCACUUUCUGUCCAAGCAUUUUGGCAGCACAGAGAGCAUCACAGACGAUGAUGGGGGCCGCCGGUCACCACACGUCCGUCCUCGCUCUCGGAGCCUUAGCCCGGGGCGCUCGCCAUCCUGCUACGACAAUGAAAUAGUGAUGAUGAACCAUGUGUACAAGGAGCGCUUCCCCAAGGCCACAGCUCAGAUGGAAGAGAGGCUGGCAGAGUUCAUCCACAACUACUCCCCAGAGAGCGUUCUGCCUCUGGCUGAUGGCGUCCUCAGCUUCAUCCAUCACCAGAUAGCCGAGCUCUCCCGGGACUGUCUGACCAAAUCGCGAGAGGGUCUCAUUACCAGUGUUUAUUUCUGCGAACUCCAGGAAAACUUAGAGAAACUACUGCACGACGCAUACGAGCGCUCGGAAAGUUCGGAGCUCACCUUCGUCAUCGAGCUGGUCAAAAAACUCUUUAUCAUCAUUUCUCGGCCAGCCAGACUGCUGGAGUGCUUGGAGUUUAAUCCAGAGGAAUUCUACCAUCUGUUGGAGGCAGCGGAGGACCACGCCAAGGAAGGCCAGUUGAUGAAGGCGGACAUCCCUCGAUAUAUUAUCAGCCAGCUAGGGCUCACCAGGGACCCUCUUGAAGAUAUCGUGAGCCUGGACAGCUAUGACAGCGAAGGUCAGCACACGCCUGAGACUGACGACUCAACAGAGGGUAAGGGGAGAGCCAUCAAACCACCAAGUGAGGAAGACUUUCAAAGCAUCAAACUGAUCAGCAAUGGCGCUUACGGGGCUGUCUACUUAGUGCGACACAGAGAGACCCGGCAGCGCUUUGCCAUGAAGAAGAUAAACAAGCAGAAUCUCAUCUUGAGGAACCAAAUCCAGCAGGCCUUUGUGGAGAGAGACAUUCUCACCUUUGCGGAGAACCCCUUUGUGGUUUCCAUGUUUUGUUCCUUUGAAACACGCAGGCACUUGUGCAUGGUGCUGGAGUAUGUCGAGGGUGGUGACUGUGCCACUUUGUUGAAGAACAUUGGGGCUCUUCCAUUGGAGCUGGCCAGGAUGUACUUUGCAGAAACCGUAUUGGCCCUAGAGUACCUGCACAACUAUGGCAUUGUUCACAGAGACUUGAAGCCAGACAAUCUAUUAAUCACCUCCAUGGGCCACAUCAAGCUGACAGACUUUGGUUUGUCCAAAAUGGGCCUGAUGAGCCUCACCACCAACCUUUAUGAAGGGCACAUUGAGAAAGACGCCAGAGAGUUCCUGGAUAAGCAGGUGUGCGGUACACCAGAGUACAUCGCCCCUGAGGUGAUUCUCCGUCAAGGCUAUGGAAAGCCAGUGGAUUGGUGGGCUAUGGGCAUCAUCCUCUAUGAGUUCCUUGUGGGUUGUGUGCCUUUCUUUGGAGACACUCCUGAAGAGUUGUUUGGACAGGUCAUUACUGAUGAUAUGGUUUGGCCCGAUGGUGAUGAUGCCUUACCGGAGGAAGCUCAAGCCCUUAUCUCCACCCUGCUGCAGACUAACCCUCUAAUGAGGCUUGGCACAGGUGGAGCGUUUGAAGUAAAGGAGCACCCAUUCUUCACGGAGCUUGAUUGGAACAGUUUGCUGCGACAGAAAGCUGAGUUCGUCCCUCACCUGGAGUCAGAGGAGGACACUAGCUACUUUGAUACACGCUCCGAUCGUUACCACCACAUCAACACGUACGACGGGGACGACACCAACGAUGAUGAGCCAGUGGAGAUCAGACAAUUUUCCUCCUGCUCCCCUCGAUUUAGCAAGGUGUACAGCAGUAUGGAGCAUCUCUCUCAACUGGAGCAGAAGGUUUCCACCUCCGUGUCGCGUCGGGAGCACAGGGGCUCCAGGGAGGAUAAGGUGACCAAAAGAGAGAGCCUGGGAAGCUUCAGCAUGAGGGAUAAAGGCUGGAGGACAGGAUCUCCUGAAAUGAAACGCCUUUCGUGCUCAGAGUCACUUUACAUGGAGGGUGACGCCAGUCCUCCUUUGGGUGCACGGCGACGAUUUUCAGCAUUGAUGGACACGCAUCGCUUUGCUUCCCCCAUUGAGGGUGAACCUGAGUUUUCAUCAAGACCAGCCCCCAUCAGGGUCCGGGGAACUUCCCUAGACGGCACCGGUAUUCCAUCAACACAUCACGGGGAGCCGAGGAACAGUUUAAAAGAGAUUAACGGAGCAGACAAGUCACCUAAGCAAGGAGAUACACCUGGAGUUGUGAGCAUUAACACGUUAGGUCCAGCAACUGCAGCAGUCGGUCGCGAUGUAAUGACCCCGCUUUAUGACCCUCUUGGGGCCCGGGCCACCAAUGACCUGGUCCUCCGGAGGACGCGUCACUCGCAUUUGUCUGGAGAUGGGGAGAAACGAAACUCCAGAGCUGGCAACAAAGUCAUCAAAUCUGCCUCGGCCACAGCCCUGUCUGUCAUCAUACCGUCUGUGGACCAGCAUGGUGGCUUCUCUCCAUUGGCUAGCCCCAUGUCCCCCCACUCAUUCUCCUCCAAUCCCUCCUCCCGUGACUCUUCGCCCAGUCGAGACUUCUUCCCAACUGUCAGUGUGCUGCGCUCGCCCAUCACCAUCCAUCGCUCCGGCAAGAAAUACGGUUUCACCCUCAGGGCCAUCAGAGUGUAUAUAGGAGACAGCGAUAUCUACAGCGUGCAUCAUAUAGUCUGGCAUGUGGAGGAAGGUGGUCCAGCCCAAGAAGCUGGUCUCUGUGCAGGCGACCUUAUCACUCAUGUGAAUGGUGAGCCGGUCCAUGGUCUAGUCCACACUGAGGUGGUCGAGCUUAUCCUCAAGAGCGGCAACAAGGUGACAGUGACAACCACGCCAUUCGAGAACACCUCCAUUAAAGUGGGCCCAGCACGCAAGGCAAGUUAUAAGUGUAAGAUGGCCAGAAGACACAAGAGGACCAUGGGCAAAGAUGGCCAGGACAGUAAGAAGCGGAGCUCUCUGUUCCGAAAGAUCACGAAGCAGUCCAAUCUACUCCACACAAGCCGGAGUUUAUCCUCUUUGAAUCGCUCGCUGUCUUCCAGUGAGAGUCUUCCCGGGUCACCUACUCAUAGCCUCUCCGCCCGGUCUCCGACUCAGGGGUACCGUUCCUCUGCUGAGCCAUCAUACCUGGGUGCUUCAUCUCAAAGCAGCUCACCAGCCUCCAGCACUCCAAACUCUCCUGCUCCCUCCCAGCACAUGAGGCCUAGUUCCCUCCACGGCCUCUCCCCCAAACUCCACCGCCAGUACCGCUCUGCCCGUUGCAAGUCUGCCGGCAACAUUCCCUUAUCCCCCUUGGCCCACACCCCGUCUCCUACCCAGUCCUCACCUCCUCCCUUACCGGGCCAUACAGUGGGAAGCUCCAACACCACUCAGUCCUUCCCUGUCAAGCUCCACUCUUCGCCCCCCGUGGUACGUCCCAGACCGAAGAGCGCAGAACCCCCGCGCUCGCCCCUGCUGAAGCGCGUACAAUCGGCAGAGAAGCUGGGCUCGCCUUUGACGCAGUCCAGUGCAACAGGAGGACUCGGUGGUCCGUUGAGGAAGCACAGCCUUGAAGUGCAGCAUUCUGAGUACCGCAAGGAUGCCUUCCUGUGUGAAUUGGGCCUCCAGAGUCUGCUGGAAACAGAUGGGGAGAGUUUGCCUCCUAAUCCUCCACCCCUGCCGAGCUCCUCGUCCUCCACAGCCUCAGAGACUCGUGUUCUGAAGCCCGUGAGGAGAUUAGGCAGGCAAGAGUCACCGCUCAGUAGGGAGACGCUGCUCGCUGGCAGAGAGAGGGAAGAAAAAGAAAGGGGAAGGGAGCGAGAGAGGGACACCGGAAGCGAGUCGGUCCUGGAGAGACUGAGCCGGGUUGAAGCAGCGGCACUCCAGAUGUCCUUAGCAAGAAGACAACAAACAGAGCCCUUGAGUUCAAGAGCUAGUGGGGAAACUACAACUACAAGCAACAGUACCAAAACAGUAGAAGGUAUAGAUGCGCACAAGGGCUCUGAAAAGAUCACCCAGCGCCCAACUCCCAAGCAACUAGACCUCAAGGCAGCCAAAAGUUUGCUAUUUGGUUGCAAAUCGCCUCAAGAGCACCUUGCAAGGGAACCAAAGCGGGAAGGAGAAACUAAUAACGGUCCUUGUGUACGAAAGAACUCUGCUGCUACUCCUGACAAAAUCAUCAACACUGCACUGAUGGGUAGUCCACUCACAUUGCGGAAAGCCUUUAAACCGUCAGGUAUGGGAGACAGUUUAAGAAAAUCCGAGAGUGGUGACUCAAGGACUUCAGAUCUGAGCUCAAAGAGCCCCAAAUUGCCAGCUCGUAUACUCGCCCCUGCGGUCCCACCACACGGUCCGCAACUGAGUCUUGGCAAAGUCAGACAGGGUCUGGGGCCCGUCAACUGCUAUCGUGGAACUCUGGACUGGGAUGACAAAUGUCGCCUCGAGGUUCUGGAGGAGCAUUCGCCCUCUCCCUCGCCAUCCCCGACCGCGGUCACGCCCUCCCUCUGUGGACCGUCACUGUGUAAGUCACGGCCCGUCUCUCCCGGUGACAAGACGAGCUUCGUCAGCCAGCUGACUACCGUGGCCAAGAACGUGCUGGGCCCAAUCAAGCUGGGAUCCCAGGAGGGCUCCAGGAGCAAAGAGCAACAGACCAAGGCGGCAGACGACAAGCAGCCAGCCACAGCGGGAAGAUCUGACCUCACAGGAGGUAGUCGAGGACCAGUGGCCACGGUGACGCAUAGCCCUGCAAGUUCAUCCAUAGAAAAGGCACACCAACCAAAAUGUGAUCCCCUGGCGGAACUGAAACCACAGACUUAAUUGCCUUCAUCGGAAGAACAAUGCAUUACAAGUCAAGCACUUAGAACGUUGUACAUUCCAGUUUUAGAUAUUAUCAAAUCUUAUUUAUUGAUUCCAAUCAUUGACUGAUUCUACCUUCAACCUGGAUGAAAAAUCCGCUAUAAAAGGUGCAUUAACUUUUGAUUAUUUUAAUAAGAAGAUUCUUAAUGUAUCGUGGAACACUUUAUCAGAUGUUUAUGUGUGAGUCCACGUGGAUGCAUGUCUUAUGGUAUGUACCGUACAUGUAAAGUAGGCAUAAGACGGUUGAAAAGUGCUUUAGUCAUCAAAACUGUGAAGACCAAAUUCAGUGGCUCUGUUUAGUUGUAAACUGUGGCACAGUUACACAAUUACAUCGAACAACACACGGUGAAUCCGCAGUGCGAUGAUUGCGCUUGUUUAUUCUCCAUGUGGCAGUUUAUUUUCGCCCAGUGGAUGGCGAUGUCAGAGGGUGUCACGUCUCGCUUGCGUGCGUGAAAGUGGGCCUAUAUUGGUGGUUCUGGUGCUGACAGAGCUAAGGCUCAGCGCUUAUCUCCUCCUCGCAGGAAGGCCACCGCCGCCCUUCUCCCUCCCCUAUGAUUGAAGCCUUCCCUCUCUUGCACAUACAUUCGCAUUGCCACUGGAGGCAGCCAUGUCAGCAGCUGAUAUUAAUGCAUUUUAAUCCACAACCCUGCGCUCUAUGAAAUGUAUUUGCCUGAAAUAGAGCCAAGGUGUACACACAGCGCUCAACACAGUUGAUUCAGCAAUGACAAACAAAUGGAAAUAAAACAAUAGGUCACCAAUUGUAUUAGCUUUGUUGCUCCUGCUGAAUACAAACAAAUUGCUUCUGCUUGUGUUUGAGGGCAUGCUCACAAUAGGCAAUCUGUAACAUGCUCAAACACGCCAAGCGAUUUCCCUCUGCCAAACCAUGUCGAAUGUGCUGGAGCACAGUGAAGUUCACAGUAGUAUGAUAAAACUGACCCAGCGUGAAUAUGCAUCAAGGCAGGGUGCACUUUCUCUUGCAACCAAUAUAAUCAAAUGACAUAGUUCCUCCAGCCAGUUUUUAAAGUGCAUUAUCAUAUUAAACUAUAUUAAGGCAAUACUUACAGUAAAUACUAAACUGAAAGCCAAAUGUAACUUUUAAGAAAAACUCAUUUUAAAAAUAAUGCAUUUUAUCAUUGAACCAGAACAAAUUUCAACAAAUAUUGUUUGACAUGUAGUAUUUCAAAUAUACAUCAAGCCGUCUAAAGUACAGUGAUCCCUCGCUUACAUCGCGCUUCAAACUUCACACCCUCGGUCAAUCGCGGAUUUUUUUUUUCCAAUUUAAAAAUAAAUCAAUAAAUACAGAUGAGUUUUCCGGAGAUCACAGUCUCACUCUCACUUCCUCCCUCUCCCUGCUCUUUGUUGGUCAGGCAGUGCAUUGGAGUUGCUUAUUAAAGUUAACGAUGAUUGACAGAAGUUUGGGUUUAAUCUUGCCAGAGACACGAACUUCAAAGCGCCGGAUGCAUCAGUCAUCGUUUAACCUGUAAACAGUUGCUGUGGCAACUCAUUGUGUUUAAUAAAGCAGCUUGAGCGGAUUUGAGUACACUCACUCAAUGAAGCAUUUAAUAAAGCCAAGCAUUUUUGUACUUUAUUCUUGUUUAAAAAUAAUUCGGUGGGACAGUAACAUGUUUAAAAGUUAUCAUAAUUAUUACAUUUAAAGU